CCAAUAUGUUGCGCCGACGCCAUAGUGUCUUAACGUAACCAUGAUUGCCUUCCGAUCCCAGUGCAGCACAGUGUCAACAAGCGUAAUAGUAGGGUUGCUAUCUUCUGGAAAUGUACCUAACUAAUUGCUGAACUAGCCAUCAUUUAAUCAGCCCGUCAUUGAAUAUCAUUUUAACAACACUGCUAGGUGUAAUUUUGUUGGUGUGCUGGUGUGCUUUAUCAUUGGUGCUAUUGCUACCAUGAUGUGUUUUAUUGUACGUGUAUAAUAUAUGUUUUGUCUUAUUCUCAUUCAAAUUCUCCUCCAAUCUUUCUACCCUCCAGUGUUCAGUGGGUGCUGUGAUGAACCCACUCUACCACAAAGUCCAUGAUGGUCUUCCAAUGCCUUGCAAAGAAGGGGCCCCCAGACGGCUCGUGCAUCCUGACCAACGUGCUGCGUGUCUACAACCUCCCCCCAGAGAUCUACAGCUACAACUGGAACCUGCUCACGGAGAUGAGGUCAGUGUUGAAGAUGGCAGAGGGGAAUACCAUCUAUGACUACUGCUGGUAUCCCAAGAUGAGCCCUCUGGAUCCAAACUCCUGCUUCCGGCAGCAGUCGUGAUAACCCGGUCCAUAUCUGGGACGCGUUCAACGGGGACCUGCGAGCCAACUUCAGACCCUACAACCAUCUGGAUGAGCUGACCACAGCCCACUCCCUCCAGACGGAUCACAGCUCUACUGCGGCUUCGACAAGACUGUCAGGGUGUUUUACACAGAAAGGCCUGGACGGGACUGUGAGAAGAGGCCCACUAUAGUGAAGAAGCAGUGUCAGAGUGGCAUCAUCUCCUGCCUGGCGUUCAGCCCGUGCCAGUCUGUGUACGCCUGUGGCUCCUUCUCCCGCACCGCAGGCCUCUACUCCUGCCAGGACGGCUCUCUGCUGGUUCUGCUGCCACCC